AUAUACAUUUUUCUAGAAAUGUACGUCAAUUUUAAAAAUGCUGAACGUUUGUGCCUCUUGUAGGCUAUGAAGGAGGAAAGCAUGGUAAAAGUAAAGGAGGAAAUUGAUUACAAAAGUUUAUGUAGAAGGCUAGACAGAGAAUUGGACAAACUCACUAUGGAAUAUGAAAGGCAGCAGAAGGUAUUUGAGGAUGAUAUUGAAAGAUUGACCACAGAAGCACAACAUUGCAUAUUAGAGGCCCAACAGAAUUAUUCGGAUUCGUUGGAGAAGGAAAGAUUGAAAUACCAGAAAGACUAUAAAGAAUCAAUUAAGAGGCUUGAAGAGAAGGUAAUGGAGAAUAAAAAAAAGUACGAGGAAUUUUGUAUGACAUCUACUGAAGAGGCCUUUGUUCCUGCUGAGGAAGUAGUCAUUUUGAAAAAAAUACUUCAGAGAGAGACCCUUUUGAGAAAUGCUGCCGAAGGGGAGAUAAAUCAUCUUAAAAAUCAAAUGGCAGAACUGAAAAUGUUGGAGGCAUCAAGAGAAUCAGAUAUCUUAAAACUUCGUAAGAUGUUGGAAGAUGAGGCACAUCAGAAAGAGAAAUUCAAAGGAGAAAUAGCAAGAUUGCAAAGUCAAUUGUUGCAAUUAGGUUUUGAAGUUGGCAAAACAAAGCAACAACAGCAAGCUUCAGGAAAUGGAGAGAAGGCCUCAGUUGCCAAGCUCUUUGAACAAGGGGGAUUGCAGAAGAUUUUGUCAUUGCUUGAAGCAGAAGCUACUGAUGCACGAAUUAAUGCUGUGAAAAUAGUAGCAAAUUUAUCUUCUGAAGAAACAAAUCAGAAGAAGAUUGUAGAAGCAGGCGGACUUACGUCCUUGCUUACACUGCUUAAGAACUCACAAGAUGAAACCACACAGAGAGUUGCAGCAAGCGCCAUAGCAAAUUUGGCAAUGAAUGAAACAAAUCAAGAUCUCAUUGUGGCUCAGGGAGGCAUUAAUAUACUGUCAAUGACAGCAGCCAAUGCCGAAGAUCCUCAGACCCUUCGAAUGGUUGCUGGAGCAAUUGCUAAUCUUUGUGGCAAUGAUAAACUGCAAAUAAAGCUAAGGGGAGAAGAUGGUAUCAAGGCACUGUUGGGAAUGGUCAGAUGCAGACAUCCUGAUGUACAUAUUCAGAUUGCCCGCGGAAUUGCCAACUUUGCGAAGUGCGAAUCAAAAGCAUCUACACAAGGGACACAGGUUGGAAGGUCAUUACUUAUUGAGGAUGGUGUGCUUCCAUGGAUAGUGCAAAACGCAAAUAAUGAAGUCUCGUUGGUUAGGCGUCAUAUUGAGCUUGCACUGUGUCAUUUAGCACAACAUGAAGCAAAUGCAAGAGACAUGAUUAGUGGAGGUGCAAUAUUAGAGUUGGUUCGUAUAUCGAGAGAUUGUUCACGAGAAGACAUAAGGAUUCUUGCACGUAGAACACUAAUCUCCAGCCCCGCAUUCCAAGCUGAAAUUAAGCGUUUGAAGAUAGAUUAUUGAAGAAAUUAAGUGCCGUAGAUAGUCAAGACAGUAUAUACUAUGCAUAAUAAUGUUCAGGAGUAUUUUGGAUGUACUGUAUUAGUCUUAAUUUUUAAAGUAACCAAAACAUUAAUGGCCAUAGUUUAAUCAUAUUACGUGGUUUGUCUUUGGUCUGCGCUUGUAGUGCACAGCUCUGUUAUGUAAAAUGAUUUUGUAUAUGAAAUAAGCAAGGGAGGUUCACUCCAAAACAAAAAAGAGCGUAAAAUUAGCAUCAGUUUUGAAUUUAUUUUUCCAUGAAAUAGAAACAGCUCAUUGCCAUUCA